AUGUCCAAACCAGAAUCGUGCGACGAGAACGCAUGCAAGCCAUUUGCUUGCGCCAUUCAAGAUUGCUUGAUUGAAAACGGAUACAACGAGUCCAAAUGCACAAAGGCCAUAGACAACUUGUACAAGUGUUGCAAGCAGUUUUACGAGGAAAACGGGCCCGACGCAGCCAGUGUGUGCUGCCCGAAAUUCAAUCUUUUGCAGCUCAAGUUGAAGCAGCGGCUGUUGGGGAAAAUCGACGCCGAGCUCAUACAAUCAAGAAAAUAG